AUGAAAACCGGUGGUAGGGUCGGUGACACGGAAACCGCAACUGCAGUCGAUGCAGCAGGUAUUCAGUACGUGACCGAACAGAACAAUAAUAAUGAAGACCGUCCUGAGUUUAGAACCCUAGAGCCCACAGAGUCGAUCGGGACUACCAUCAGAAUCGACUUAGAAAAUUCCCAGCAAGAACAAGAGAUAGUUUGGCCAGAAAUCCCACAAGAACCAGUGCCUCAAGUUUUGGUACCUCUGGAUCCGUAUCCCGCCGAAGAUCUGCGGCCGAAAAAUGCUGGUGUCAAGACUAGGCCAAAUGAUUCGAGACCGGUCAGAGAUUACAAACCGGACGAAUUGAAGUCAGCGGUCAACGUCUCAGAAAUUGAAACAACGACUAUGAUACAUAACGACGAAGAAAACGGAGCUAUGUUCAACUUUCCCAAAUAUUAUCUCAUUGGCUGA